AGGGAUAAAUGUACACUUGACGUCGUCCACGAGGCUUUUAGCGUCGGCAGAACGAGACCGUCGCUCGUGUUAGUCGUGCUCGAUCGGUGGAACGGAAUUUCGUACGACGACGACGACGGAGAAGUUGUUGCGUGAACCAGCAAUUGAUCAAUGGACCAUCGUAAGUGAUCAUUAUCAAGGAUUGAAACGAAUUUUACUUUCGUGGAGUUCGUCUUCGGUGGAACCGACGGGAUGUUGGACCGCAUCAAUGGCAACUUCGUAAGAUGGACAGCGUUCGUACUUUGCCUAUUAUCAGCAGUUUCUGGACAAUUGGACCUGCCACAGUACAGGGACGAUGCUGGCCGACAAAUACCAUCGUACAGGGACGAUGCUGGCCGACAAACACCAUCGUACAGGGACGAUGCUGGUCGAGAACUACCAUCGUACAGGGAUGAAGAUCCUGGACGACAACUACCACCAAAUGAAUUAAAUUACCAGAAUAUUUUGGCUAGAUUAGAUUUCCUCGGCGCAGAGAGAUGUAGCGCUAAUGUGGUAGCUCAGUGGGCAUACGAAACCAACGUCAACGAAUACACGCAACUACAAGCGCUGGACGCCCAACGCUUAUAUGCGGACUUCCAAUACCAAGCUUGGCUUUUAAUCUCCAGAAUCGACGUAAAUUCAAUUCGAGAUCCCAUAAUCAGGCGACGACUCCGUUAUUUGUCCGCCGUGGGCCCUUCGGCACUGCCACCUGACCAACUGGACAGGUACAAUCGUCUAAUCAACGACAUGCUUGCGAUUUACAACGCGGCGACCAUAUGCGCUUACAACGAUCCGUUCCGGUGUGGGCUACGUUUAUAUCCAGAUAUAUCGCAAAUCAUGGCGAGAAGUCGGGACUGGGACGAACUGCAGUACGUCUGGACUGAGUGGAGAAGACGAAGCGGCAGGCCGAUUAGGGAUCUGUAUCAACAACUCAUUACGCUGACCAAUGAUGCUGCAAGAAUGAAUAACUUCACUGAUGCUGCCGAAUAUUGGAUGUUUCCCUACGAAUCUCCUAAUUUCCAACAGGACAUUGAUGAGGCUUGGGAAACUAUACGUCCGCUUUACGAAGAAUUGCACGCUUAUAUUCGCAAAAAGUUGAGAGAUCUCUACGGACCUGAAAAAAUUGGCGGACACGCGCCUCUUCCGUCUCACGUCCUCGGUAACAUAUGGGGACAGUCUUGGACCAAUCUUUUAGAUGUUACUUUGCCGUAUCCCGGGAAAACAUACCCUGAUGUCACGCAGGAAAUGCGGGCUCAAGGUUAUACACCCAUCGACAUGAUUCGGGUAGCUGAGGAAUUCUAUCUGUCCUUGAACUUGAGCGCAAUGCCGCCGGAAUUUUGGGCCGGAAGCGUAAUCGCCGAUCCUGGUGACCGCCCAUUAAUCUGCCAGGCGUCCGCAUGGGACUUUUGCAAUCGCAUAGAUUACAGAAUCAAAAUGUGUACAAAGGUGACGAUGAAGGAUUUGAUAACUUUACAUCACGAAAUGGCACACAUUCAGUAUUUCUUGCGGUACAGCGGUCUACCUCGCGAAUUUCGUGACGGUGCUAAUCCAGGAUUCCAUGAGGCGGUCGGCGAAGCCGUCGCCUUGAGUGUCGCGACGCCGCAGCAUCUGCAAACUCUGGGCCUGGCGAACACGUUCAUCGACGAGCGCUCCGCGGACAUCAAUUACCUCUUCUCCUUGGCGAUGGAUAAACUGGUGCUACUGCCCUUCAGCAUCGCGAUGGACAGGUGGCGGUGGGACGUCUUUCGCGGCUACGUCAACAAGGAGGAGUACAAUUGUCACUGGCACAGGCUGAAGGAGCAGUACACGGGCACGAAGCCGCCGGUUCUGCGAUCCGAGGACGAUUUCGAUCCAGGCGCGAAGUAUCACAUCCCCGCCAAUAUCCCCUACAUACGGAAUUUCGUGGCUGGCGUACUGCAGUUCCAACUGUAUCGUUCGCUGUGCCAGGCUGCGGGACAGAGGUUCGGGCCCGACAAUCCGAGGAGGCCGCUGCACAGAUGCGACUUUUACAGAAAGCCCGAGGCCGGCAGAAUCUUGGGGAGAUUGAUGGAGAGGGGCUCGUCCAUCCCGUGGCAGGAAACGCUGCGAGAAGCCACCGGCGAGUUCAGAUUAGACGGAUCCGCUCUUAGGGAGUACUUCCGGCCAUUAGAGGACUGGUUGAGGACCGAGAAUUUGAGAACGGGCGAAGUGGUCGGCUGGUCAUACGACGGAGACUUUUGCAAAAGGAGCAUAGAGACCGCGGGCCUGCAGGUUUACGGUAGCGGCUUCUACAACGGCGGCAUAUCCAUCUCCACGUCUUGGAUCGCGACAGGAACCAUGAUGAUUCUUUGGAUUGUAUCAACGCUCUAUUGAACGCAUCAACAACCCUCUAUUGAACAAUUCGACAACAAGUAGCCGAUUCGUCAUCGAGCAAUGAUAAUGAAUUUAGGGAGAGCUCGUUAUACCGAUUACGCGUCAUCUGCCAAAAUACACCAAAUCAUAUUCCUAUAACAUCACUGAAUAAAUCUUGAAAAUAGUGAAAUUAUUCGCCCAAAUAUAUCUGGUCGGUUGAUGGCAAAAUAAUAAUCGUUACUGCCAAGUAAUACGAGUACUUUAAAGUACACUCUUGUCAAGCGUGUGUGUGUAUGUGACAAGCUGCACGUUUUACGUGAUGUAAAAAGGUCACACUGUCAAUUUACAAAUAUUAUUAUUACGUAGAUCUGUAUAAUUGUAAUACUAUUAAUAUUAAACAUUUA